CACGCACUAUUGUGUAUACGUAUGUGUAUAUGUACAUGUGUGCUGCGCACUUCAACAUCCGUUGUGUUGUAGGAGAAGAAAACGAACCGCUAGACUACUAGCAAGGUGUGACGAAAGAGCAAGAGAAGGGAAGAAACAACCUCCAGACUACGCCAGUAAGGAAAUAGCUCUUAGGGUGAGCAAACAACAAAAGUCGCGAAAAUGGAUUUGCGUGCGAUGUUGAACGGACCGGAUGGAGGCGCAUCGAAGAAACAGCAACAACAGCAGCAGCCGCCUCAACCAUCCAUACAACCAGCACCACCAUCCGCGAACUCGACUUCUUCGAUAUUAAAUUCAGCUACGCCCACCACGCCGUCUCACGCUGGCCCUCCGGCUCAGUCCUUUAGAGACUAUAGUCGAUCUAGUCACGCCUCUCCCGUUACCCACCCGCACGAAUACCCUCCUGCUCCUAAUCAUCCAAAUCAUACCCCGAACUCCGCCGGCCCAUAUCCGUCGCCGACCUCUUAUAAUCCUCCCAGCAACGCGUUUGCAGGUAGACCUCCUGUCCCUCCUCUCCAACCUCCGGGCUCCCACGAUAUACGAUCACCAGGAAGCGCUUCCAUAUCCGGGCCUUCACCAUAUCGACGCACGCCUACUUCCUCUGUAAGCACCGCGAGUGGUGGUUAUCCAUUCCCACCUACGCAACAGCAGCAACCUCAGCAGCAGCAACAAACACAACCCGUGAGUCCGUUGCAUAGACACCAAUACGGCCCACCUAGUGCGGGUGUUGGUCCGGGUGUUGGUCCGAGUGCAGGUCCUGGAGUUUAUUCUCGCGAUAAUUACAAUAGCCAACCACACAAUUCCAUCUCUUACGCACACAGCCAACAAUCACAACCUCUACCACAAACACCUCCCGUUGGGACCCCGGGUGGUAGUCACCAGUAUUUGCAUCAAAGAUCUCAUUCCAUCCAAUCGACUCCUACGCCUACAUCCGCGCACAGUCAACAACCUUUAUACGGAGCUCCUUAUGUUCAAGGCAGUCCUAUCGCGACGACACAUCCUCAUCCGCAUCCUCUAGAACAACAGCCACCACCAGCACCGCAACAACACCAAGUGCAGCAAUUGCAUCAACGUCAAUCAUCCCAACCCCCUACACCAAUUGGACCACCCUUGUCUGGACCUCCACGGCAAUCCCCUGCUGUUAGUUACCAGCAACCUCCUAGUCCGUAUCAGAAGCGUAUCUCCACUGCCUCCACUGUGUAUCCUCCUCACCCUUCGCAAACAUCACCCAAGCCCCUUCCUCCGGCUUCCAUUCAGCGCAUGUCUAGUAGCAGUAGUCACGGAACUUACGACGCAGUUGCUGAGUCCCACCGCGGGUCACAAGCCCAAAGUGAUCGAGAAAGAAGCGUAAGUGUCUCACCUAAGACACGUGUUCCUAGUCUACCCAGCAACGGCGGCCAUCGUCCUCCAUCAACUAGCAGUGACGUAAAUCCUUACCCUCCUCAACGCGUCCCACAGGCCUCGGUCAAUAAUAACAUCAUGGAAUCCCAACACCCCGGCACCCCGGCGAAACGAAAGUUGGAACAACGAGACCUAGGACCCGACGAGCUCGAGAGCGACCGGAAAGCUCCCCCGCCGCCUCAAAUGAAUGGCAAUCACGCUAUUCCCUUGGCAGCUAUGGCGCAGGCGACCGGAUCACCCACAACACCUCGACGGAAGCGUGUGAAGUAUGCACAAACCCCCUCGUGGGCGCGAAGCGGCAAAGAUCGCGACCAACCCAGAAUAAAGAGCCGUAACUUUUCUUUGAAGCAGCACAAUCGUCAGCAUGCAAGUGCAGGCGGACAAGCGAACGGGAGCAAUCAAUAUGAUGCAGGUGGAAGCGUUAAGUCCGAGCAUAUGUCUCGACACGCCUCACCUGAGGCUACACGAUCGGCGGUCGGCGUCAAGACCGAAGAAACUAACAACAUCGGUAUCAGGGAGCAUUCGGUGUUCAAUGGCCAACCGUUUCCGUGGGAACCCAGCAUUGGAAAUGAGACACCCAAGAACAUUGUUUCUCGUGAAGUAGCCGAUUUCUUAGGCAUUCACGUUUUACAAUUCCCCCAAUUUGAAGAGGUUCAUAGCCGGGGCGCGCAAUUCGAGAUUGAAGCGAAGCUGGGUGUCAUUAUCGACAAGAAUACCAACGAUCGCAUUUACUUCCCCGAGAUAAGAGCCGGCGAAUGUGUGUUGAACGGCGGCAGGGUCGCGUUUCGUAGUUCGAUGACGGAGAGUCAACACUGUGAGCUCAAUGGUUACCUGAACGAGCAAGUCAAGGCCUCAUUUCCCCGCAACCCGACAGCAUCCUCUCGCGUACAAGUCCAUUACGUCCAUCGUAGAGAAGUCGAUCGAUUCUUCGAGCUUACACCGCAGAUGCGUCAACGAAUACCGGGCUGCAUUUCUAGUCUACUUCAGCCCAGCUCACCUGUGAAGGCGCGAGUAACAUGCGAUCAAAAAACCGGCAACGUGUUGGCUAAAAUUGUCAAGGCACGAAUUGCCGACCUAAAUAUACAUUUCCCUCAUCUACCCUUAGACUGCCGUAUCAGCAUUAACGUGGAAUGGGACUGGGAUGGCACUGCUGAGGAGAUUGAGAGGUUCCAAAAUCCCAACAAGGAACGAGCGCCUGAUCGUAUUAAAGAUCGACUCAGCUACAAGCAUGGAUUCUACCAGAUCGAUCUGACGCAGGUGACGCAAGGACAUCCUACAUCAGGCGUACAACCGCCUCAACCGCAUCACGGCACCGCAAAAGAGCACGAGCUUGAGGUGGAAUUGGAGGCGCGCCCUUUAAUCGAUCAUGGUCGUAUGCUCAUGCGACAAGAACCGAAUAGAUAUGAGGAUCUAGUCGACGGCCUUGUUAAUAAUGUCCGUCUACUAGCUCGACGUUGCCCGCCGACACAUUGAUGAUCAUUAUGUGAUCAGGUGAAUGAAGGAAGAGGAACCGGAGAGGUACGAGCGCCAUGUGGCUAUGAGCCUUGGGCGAUUUAAUGCUAGUUCACCUAGGUGGUUCUAUUAUUCACAACUUCCGAAUUAAAGCAUGACUUCGGAGCGAGGAGGAAGAGUAAGAGUUAGGGGCAUGCUGCGAUGUAUUUCUUUUAAUCAACAUGAUACCAAUUUGGGGUCGGGUAGGCUAGACCAAUCUGAAAGCCAGUUUUAUUCUGGUAAAUUGAUAGCAUACCCUAAUGAAUUUACAAGCGAUGUGUUAUUUUGUUAUUCUCCAUUCAGAAUUCAGAAUUCAGAAUUCAACGUGUACGAAAUUAUGAUUCUAGCAGUACCUAGGUAAUUACCACCAAGGUUCGACCAUUAUUAAAGAUGAGUCGGCAGAGAUGUUAAGGUAACCCUCACCUACCUCUUAACUACCUAGGUAGAUGAUACACAUAGUCGCCACUACAUACCUAGGUAAUUAAGGGAAGCAUCUCAAUGAAUAAAACAACUCAUUUCUAAAUAGAG